AUGUCCGCCGAGAAGAAGGCCACACAGUACGGCCGCUUUGACCCGGCCGGUCUGCCGGACUACGAUAACGACUUUAUCGACCAGGACGACCUGGACCGUUUUGAGAAAGCGUUGAACGCCCCGGAAGCUUCUCCGUUGGUAGCCAUCAACGACUGGCGUCCGAUCAACCAGCGCGUCCGUAAGACAAGAGGUCGGCGCAAGGCCCCGAAACGAAGCAAGGAUGAAACGAGAGAAGGCGUGCUAUACACCGUCCUGAAAUGGCCACUCCUGUUGACCGUGUUCGCCUGGAUCUUAGUGCUGGGCUGUGGCUACCUCCUGGUGCGCGUGUACAUCUUCCUAUACGAGCAGUGGGUCACCUGGCGGGGGAAGAGGCAGCGGCUUCGUCUGAACCUGUCAGCUCAGACAAAUUACCCGGACUGGUUGAAGGCGGCACAGAAGCUGGACACCCAUCUCGGGAACGAGGAAUGGAAGCAAACCGACGAAUAUGCUUACUACGACCAUCUCACGAUAACCAAGGUGGUAACACAACUGAAGAGCGCAAGGAAAGAUGUCGAGAAGGAGAUACAAGACGGCAGGGACGGUGUCAAUGAGCUACCCGCCGUGGAAGAGCUUCGUUCUCUGCUGGAAGCUUGCGUCAAGAAUAAUUUUGCUGGUGUGGAGAAUCCCCGCAUGUAUAGCGAAGCCUACUCGGGAACCAAGGAUCUGGUUCAGGAGUACAUCGACGAGGUACAUGCGUGCAUCCAGUUGAUCUUGGAUAGUAAGCAGAUCGAUCGGCAGACAAAGUACCAGCACUUCAAACACCUCGAUACCAACUUCGGGCGCACGGCACUGUGUCUCUCGGGUGGAGCGACCUUUGCUUACUACCAUUUCGGGGUGGUCAGGGCGUUGCUGGAUAAUGGCGUCUUACCGGAGAUCAUCACGGGAACGUCAGGCGGAGCCCUAGUGGCCGGCCUAGUGGCAACCCGAACCGACGAGGAGCUGAAGCAGCUGCUCGUUCCCGCUCUAGCGCACCGGAUCCGCGCCUGUCGUGAAGGGUUCACGACGUGGAUGCUCCGUUGGUGGAAAACGGGUGCUCGGUUCGAUACACUAGACUGGGCUAAGCAGUGCAGCUGGUUCUGUAGGGGCUCAACUACGUUUCGAGAAGCCUAUGAACGGACCGGCCGCAUCUUGAAUGUGUCCUGCGUGCCCUCGGAUCCCCACUCACCCACCAUUCUGGCCAACUACUUGACAAGCCCGGAUUGCGUUAUCUGGAGUGCGGUGCUUGCUUCCGCAGCCGUCCCUGGCAUUCUGAACCCGGUCGUAUUGAUGACCAAAAAUCGCGAUGGCACGCUCAAGCCUUACUCCUUCGGCCACAAGUGGAAAGACGGUAGUCUCCGAACCGACAUACCCGUCAAGGCCCUGAACCUGCACUUCAAUGUGAAUUUUACGAUUGUGUCUCAGGUCAACCCCCACGUGAAUCUGUUCUUCUUCAACUCCCGAGGAACUGUGGGGCGACCGGUCACCCACCGCAAGGGACGUGGUUGGCGCGGCGGUUUCCUAGGCACUGCUAUCGAACAAUAUAUCAAGCUCGAUCUGAACAAAUGGCUCCGUGUUCUCCGACACUUGGAGCUUCUCCCUCGGCCACUUGGUCAAGAUUGGAGCGAGAUUUGGCUUCAGAAAUUCAGUGGUACUAUCACGAUCUGGCCAAAAAGUGUUCCGUCUGAUUUCUAUCACAUCUUGUCAGACCCAAGCCCAGAGCGGCUUGCCCGCAUGAUCCACAUGGGUCAGCAGAGCACGUUCCCGAAAAUUCAAUUUAUCAAGAACCGGCUGAACAUUGAGAACGCCAUCAUGAGAGGACUCCAACAAUGCUCCACCACCGGAGGGCGUUCUCUAUCCCCGAUCCUAUCUCGUCGGCUCCACAACUCCGAAAACGAGGAUAUGAUGGAGCGACGAUUUGAUGACGGCCUGCCAGAACGGGACGAUUCCAGCUCCAAGCAUGGGUCGCCUUACGUCGACUUUUCUGACAGCCUGUCCCAAUCAACCUUCUCUACCGCUUCACGCCCUCAGACCCCUAGCUCUCGAAGGGGUAGCGUGCUGGAGGAGAUACAACGCCAAUCCGCCGUCUUUUUUGAUGAUUCUGACCUCUACGGUGACGAAGACGCCCUAGUCACCUGA